AUGUUCCUCCCAACCUCUCUGUUCCUUCUGGCGAGCGCCAUCGCCCUGCAAGCCGCAGCCUCAGCUCCACGAUGUUCCUUCCAGUACUCUGCAAAGAAAGGGCUUCAUCCAACCUCUGGCUGUCCUCACUAUCCCGUUGAGUCCACCUGGACACACUGCUGCAUCGUGCCCAUGAGCAAGUACGACAGAAACCAGCCAAAGGCUGGCAAAUACACGGGCGUCUGCGCAAGCGAUCCCAUGAUCGGACCUGACAGUCCCGACAUUUGCAUGCCGCUGGUAAAGAAACCGCCUUCUGCUGACACGAUGGAUCCUAUCGCUGAUGAUUGGACCCUCCACUGA